CCCCAUCGCAUCUUUUGGCAAUUGGCAAUCGUUCAUGGAUCCUAACGUAUAUGCAGUGUCCUCUGCUGUCCACAAAUGCCGCCUACUCGUGAGAUCAUCACCAGCGCGGGAGUAGCGCGAAGAUCAUGUGGCUUUCUCAAUACACGAAAAGCAGACCCAGAAAGGGUUAAUGAUUGCGACCUUCGAAGAUCGCUUCAGUGCCAGCCAAUCCCGUUGGUGAACAUUUGACUUGGUGUUUGUAAGGCGCACACAGUCAAUUGCGAUGGACAUUGCGGACGCGUUCGACGCCAUCUCCGGCUACGAGGAGACGCUCGUGGCGCAGGGCGAGGCCAUGGGUAUGGAGCGCGGGCGCGAGCUGGGGAUCGAGGAAGGCCGCGAGCUCGGGUGCGUCCGCUGCGCUCGAUAGGAGUGCAAACGUAUCCACUAAUCUGGUAUUCUAUCGUAGCGUCAUGAAGGGUGCGGAGAUCGGUAGCGAGCUGGGCUUUUACCAGGGCUGUCAUUUGGUGUGGAGCCACAUGCUGCAGAGCGAUGAGCUCAAGAGCAAACUCCCGGCUCGAGCAGCUAAAUCAGUUGCGUCGUUUGGCGCGCUGCUCGAAGCGUUUGAGCUGAAGAAUGUGGUGGACGAGGACAUGAUGCAGGAGCUGCUACGUAUACGAGCCAAGUUUAAGGUUAUUACAGCAAUCACAGGACUGCGAGAGAGCUUGGUGUACAGCGAGGAAGACAUUAAAGCACAUAAGGAUAUGUCGUUCUGAGGAAGGGAAAUGGCUGCCGCGGGUAUUCAGGACAAAGGAUUGGAGUGAAUACUUCAAAUAUCGGAGCAUCUAUCUUCUGAAAAGCGACCGAGCUCACAACUCCUGCAAAGGAUGGCGAAAGUUGAUAAGCUUCAAACGGGAGUUAUGACCCCCCCCCCCCCCCCUUCCAGAGCAGGCCUGCACUGCAGGCUAGCUCAGCGACCGUAGAACACGCCAUUAUUCGUGAAUAGUGAUGACUGCUUCGUACCCGACACAGCGUCCUAGGUCCCGCAACUUCGGUUAUAGUGUCGAGUUUUGAUUCACCCUACUCCAGUGGAGCCUUCUGCAACAGAAAACCGCGGCCUACUUCUGAGUCCCUCUGCACUUUCGUACUACUGUAAUAUCUCAUAGUGAUGAUGCAGACCGCUUGACUUCAUAAUACAUACUACAUGUGAAGUUAUCCGUAU